GCUGAAGAAUUCCCGCCGAAUUUGCCUCCACCGGAUCAAGAAUUCCCGCCAAUUUUACCUCCACCGGCUGAAGAGUUCCCGCCGAUUUUGCCUCCACCAGUUCAAGACCUUCCUUCGAUUUUACCUCCACCGGUUCAAGAAGUCCCACCGAUUUUUCCUCCACCGGUUCAAGAACUCCCGCCGAUUCUACCGCCACCGGUUGAAGAGAUCCCGCCGGUUUUCACAUUAUCACCAACCGUACAAGAUCCACCAACAGUUCCAGUAUUCUCGACACCACCAGCCCUCGGAGAUUUCCCACCCCAAACUCCCGUCUUUACCACGCCGCCAGAGGUCACGAAUCCAUGGCAACCGCCGGUGACGUCAUUCGCACCACCAAUAGAGUCCAUCCCAACAAUACCGGAUAAUCCAAUUCCGGUUACACCAAACCCGGACAUGGGUUCAAAUCAACCGCUGGUUCAGCUUCCUCCGCCCACUUGGGAUUCACCACCAUUUAAUCGUUAAUUCUCUAUAUAUUUUUAAAUUUUCGUUUUUUUUUUUCUCAGUAAAUCAUGUACUAAUGUGUAAUCUAAACGUAAUAAGCUCACAAUGCAGCCGCUUUUUACAAAUUCAUUGCUGUCAUUUGCAUUUCAAUUAAAAAAGCAAAAAAAAGAAUUAAGUUUCCACGUGUCAUUUUAUUUUCCCCUCAUAAAUUAGAUUUAGAUAAGAAAAAUAUUUAAAAAUGUAAAUACUGAGUUGGCAGGAAGAAGACAGUAGUGAGUGUGGGUGAUGUGGAUACGGUGAAGUAGUUUCUGAGUCCUAAUUGGUCAGAAAUCUAUCCACGACAGCCUCUGAGAUUUCGUCUAUAGAUUUUCAUUAUCUCACAUUGUCCCUCUAAAUCUCCUCCCUUUGAUUCUUUCUGCUCCGAAAACAGAGAGAACAACCAAACAAUCAUUUCUCCACAUCUUGAGAGAAAAAAAA